AUGAUGAAGACGGUGGUGAUGGUGAUGAUGAUGAAUGGCCCGACAGCUCGAGCAGGCACCGGGGUCUUAUGUUUACUGCUGUGCGCGCUAGUCUUCCUCCCGUCGUGCGCUCACUCUCACCCGCAGCCAUGCCAGGUGCUGAAACGGAUCGGCCACACGGUUCGGGUCGGGGCUCUGCACGUUCAGCCCCGCAUGCUCUCCGCCACCGCCGGCAGCGGUUCUGAGGACCGGGACACCGAUCGAGGUUUUAUUGGGAGUGGGGAGCCGCGGGUGGAGUUGGAAAAACAGGUUAAAACAAGUGCCGGUGCGCCCGGAUACGAAAGCCUCAGGACUAGAGGCACCGGUAAUAACCAGCGGGGAGCCAGCAGGAGUAGGAGCCAGGCACGGCAGCGCGAGGAGAACACCUCGAGGGAGAGCCGCGUGUUUGCACCGCGGGAUUCGAGCCUGCUCGCGGUCGAGGCUCUCAACCGGGCCGGGUUGCUGCCGUACAAUUUAUCCUUGGAGCUCGUCAUGGCUGUUGGGUCCGGACUCGGCGAGCUGCCCGCGCUCUCCAGCUCCUCUGCGGGCAUCCCCGAGAGCGAAGACCCGCUGUCCUUCUUGGAGAGCGUGUGUCACACCGUGGUCGUGCAGGGGGUUUCCGCCAUGAUCUCCUUCCCACGGAACCGGGACGAGUUCGUCAUGUUGGAGUUUGUCUCGCGUGCGCUUCAGGUGCCAGUAGUCAGCGUGGUGCACAGGGAGUUUACGCGCAACAGUGAGAAUCCUCUCCAUUUCCAGCUGGCGAUGCGGACCGUGGAGGCCCCCCCAUCCCGCCUCCUCUCUACCCUGCUGAUGAUAAACGGCUGGUGGGACAUCAGUAUUUUGCUCUGUCAGGAAUGGGACAUUAGCGACUUCCUCCUCCUCAUCAACAACAACACCCGCUUCCACCUGGGCACCGUUGUCAACCUGACAACUACCGCCUCGACCUUAUCAUCGUCCUCAUCUUCAUCGUUACACCCAGGAGUGGCAUCCGGUGUGGCGACAGGAGCGCAGGCGUCGUCGUCGUCGUCGUCGUCGUCGUCGUCUUCAUCGUCUUUGCCCUACUUCUCCCCCUCCGCCUCAUCCACCGCCUCUCCGUCCACCUCCUCCUCCAAAUUAGACCAGCAGCAAGCUCUCAUGCGGCAACUGGAGGCCCUGAGAGAACCUUCGUCCACGAGGGGAGUGGUGACAUUUGGAUGCGAGAUCCGCGAAGUGCGGCGUCUGUGGACGCUGGCCAGUCGGAUGACGCUCCCGGAGUUUCACUGGGUUUUGGGGGACAGCCAAAAUGUGGCCGAGUUGAGAACAGAGGGGCUGCCACUGGGGCUACUGGCACACGGGGUCAUGGAGUCCCCUUCUCUGGAUCACUUCGUCCACGACUCAUUGGAGCUGGUUGCGCGAGCUGUGGGCAGUGCAGCGCAAGAGAAUCCUGCUCUGGCACUCAUACCUGGGACGACUAACUGUAUGGAUAUACAAAAGAGCAACAGCAGCUCAGGGGAGUACUUGUCAAGAUUUCUAUCCAACACAUCUUUUGAGGGUCAGACCGGUUUAAUAUCCAAAGACGCUCACAGCCAGAAUGUCAUCUCAGAGGCCCAUCACUACAUCUGGUCCCUCCAGCUGGAUCCUUUAGGCCAGCCAACCUGGACCCGCCUGGGACGCUGGUGCAAGGGCAAAGUUCUGAUGGACCGGCGGGCUUGGCCAAGCCAUCCGGGGUCUGGGGGCGGAGGAGACUGGCGUCGAUCUACACGGCUGCACAUGCGGGUGGUAACGCUGGUGGAACACCCGUUUGUAUUUACCCGAGAGGUGGACGGGGACGGGAUGUGUCCCGCGGGCCAGCUGUGCCUCGACCCGCUCACCAAUGAAUCUUCGGUUUUGAAAGGAUUUUUCAAGAACCUCGCAGGGCGUAACAGUUCUGUUCCCACGGACCUGAAGAAGUGUUGUUAUGGUUACUGCGUUGAUCUGCUGGAGAAGCUGGCAGAGGACAUGGGCUUCACUUUCGAUCUAUAUAUCGUAGGCGACGGGAAGUACGGGGGGUUCAAGAAUGGUCGCUGGACAGGAUUGGUAGGGGAUCUCCUCAGUGGCGCAGCCCACCUGGCAGUGACAUCUUUUAGCAUUAAUUCGGCCAGAAGCCAAGUCAUUGACUUCACUUCGCCCUUCUUCUCCACCAGCCUGGGAAUUCUGGUUCGUACCCGCGACACAGCUGCACCCAUCGGUGCCUUCAUGUGGCCUCUCCACUGGUCCAUGUGGCUCGGCAUCUUCGUCUCCCUCCACGUCACCGCCGUCUUCCUCACCCUGUACGAGUGGCACAGCCCGUUUGGUAUGACGCCUCGCGGACGCAACCGCGACCGGGUGUUCUCCUUCUCCUCGGCGCUCAACGUGUGCUACGCCAUUCUCUUCGGGAGGACGGUGGCCAUCAAGCCGCCGAAAUGCUGGACGGGCCGCCUGCUGAUGAACCUCUGGGCGAUCUUCUGUCUGUUCUGCCUGUCCACCUACACGGCUAAUCUUGCUGCCGUCAUGGUCGGGGAGAAGACCUACGAACAACUGUCAGGGAUACAUGACCCAAAGUUACACCAUCCCUCUCAGGGAUUCCGAUUUGCCACGGUGAGAGAAAGCAGCGCGGAGGACUACCUCAAGAAGAGUUUCCCUGAGAUGCACGAGUACAUGAGAAGAUACAACGUCCCGGCAACGCCAGAUGGCAUACAUCAUCUCAAGGAGGACCCUCAGAGGCUGGAUGCCUUCAUCAUGGACAAAGCUCUGCUGGACUACGAGGUCUCCAUAGAUGCAGACUGUAAAACACUAACAGUGGGGAAACCCUUUGCUAUAGAAGGCUAUGGCAUUGGCCUCCCUCAGAACUCUCCACUCACCUCCAACAUCUCCGAGCUUGUUAGUCAGUACAAGUCCGAUGGCUUCAUGGACAUGCUGCAUGACAAAUGGUACAAGGUCGUGCCCUGCGGGAAGCGCAGCUUUGCUGUGACGCAGACGCUGCAGAUGGGCAUAAAGCAUUUCUCCGGCCUGUUUGUGAUGCUGUGUGUGGGUGUGGCCUUAUCGCUACUGACCACAGUAGCGGAAUACAUAGUGUACAAGCUGGUGAUCCCGAGGGUCAAGGAGCCCCGCUUCAAAUACUGGCUGCACACAAGUCAGAGAUUACACCGGGCCCUCAACUCAGUCUUCACUGAUGACAAACUGCCGACUGUUACCAAGCCUGAGAAGAGGUGCAACGAGGGAAACAACCAGUCAGCAUCUUGGAAUCCUGCAGAGUCCUCUCACUGCAACAGGCGUAGGGUCCUUCUACAAGAGAUGCAGAAUGACCUGGAGCGCCCAUCCUUCCAGGAGCUGCCUUCACCACCAUCCCCAUCUUCCCUGCCUCAUCCCCACUCUCUUCCCCUAAUGGAGAAACACCCACCCAUAGUAACCAACUCUAACGGUCGCUCUGACCAGUUAGGGCGGGGGUUGGGCCAAGUCCUGGGGCCAGGGCAGGGGGGCUCCGGGCAGGGCCUAACGCGCUUAGGGGCGGGCGACUGCGGCCCCGGCCUUGGUGUGGGCCGGAACCCACUGGUUCAGGAGCUGUCAGAACUGGAAGGUAAAAUCCUCGUAAUCAAGCAGCAGUUGCAGACGGCUAUGAGGAGGAAGCGAGAGCUAGAACAGUACCAAUCAGAAAACCAGCAAGCAAACCAGACUGAAUCCAGUCAGCCCACGACGCACCAGUCUAACCAGUUUGUUCAGUAUACCCAGUCCCACCAGCAGACUAACCAACACACAAACACACUCCCGGAGUUAUGA